UUUAGCGCCCGGCAAUCCAUAUAAAUUGUCAAUAAAGCGCAAAUGAGUCAAAUGAAGUUGCAUGGUAAAAAUGUUAAGCAUUCCUCUGUCCACUACCGUCGUCCGUCCAUGUUCCUUCCGACGAAUGGAAAUGGCUCUUACUACUGCCGUCUACAAAGAAAGGAGGGGAAAAAGAGUGUGCUGCGUGAAUGCCAUCGAGCUGAGGGCAAGCUGAAGAAUGCCAAUGUUGAUUGCUCUGGGCAAGGACACGACCGGAAAAAGCACAAUGACUGGCUUAAGGGACAAAGGAUCAGACUUUUGCAUAUGUUGUCGUGCACUUUUUUUCCAGCAGAAGCGGUUGAUGCCAGGCUAUUUUCUCUGGCCUCGAUUAUUGCAUUGCUCAUACGCCGCGUUGGCUCCAUACAAUAUGCGGCAUGCCUGUGGUUCUCUGUGAAUAUGCGUAGGCGUGUCAUUGUGUCCGUGGGUGUAUUUGUGUGCGUGAGCGUGAGCGGAGCGCCUCGAGCACUGACUGCAAUUGAAAACAACAAACAGGCCCCGGAAUGUCUAUAACGAUAACGAGAAGGAGCAUUUAAAACUAAACAU